UUCAACAGCACACACACAGCAUAACACACGUGAAGGCUGUGAGAGCUGCAAGGGAUGAAGAAGAAGAUGAUGACGUUUAUGAGGAAGAUCUGCUGUUUUCUGCUUUUCUGUGUGUUUGACGUGACUGUUACCCGCAAGACUGAAGACGCGCAAACUCUGGAGAAAAUCGAGGGCGCGCGCUGCGUCUCACGCUGCCUCGCGCUGCACAUCACUCAGAUUACUGCGUCAUUCACACACCUGCAGAAUGACCGUGUGUUAGGCUGGUGUGAAAUCCACAGGAGAUGUUCACAGUGUCUACAACCGUGCAAGGAGCUAUGGGAAACAAGACGAGCCCUGUCUCCCAAGACCUGUGAGCAUCAUGAGUGUGUAACCAGCGCUGAGUUCCUCCGAUCAGUGCAGACACAGAAGCAGGGUGACUGUCCGCCACCCCAGAAGGCAUCUGGGUUUGCCGCAGCCUGUGUGGAGGGCUGUGCCAUCGACCGGGAAUGCACAGGCUUUAAAAAGUGCUGCUCGAAUGGCUGUGGCCACACUUGCCAGACCCCAGGCAACCUUUACAAAGGAGUGCCCCUAAAGCCGAGGAGGGACAUUUUCUUUUCAGAAGACCAGCAUGGACAUCUGGAGGUUAUGUGGAUGUCAAAGUUUAACGUGUCAGUUGAGCCGGUUCUUUAUAUCCUUCAGAAGAGAUGGAAUCAUGGGAUUCAUCCAAGUGAAGACGAGGCAUCGAGCUGGCACACUGUUCUCAUGACCAUGGAAGAGCGCUCUGUGUUGAAGGACAUCCGACCCCAUAGGUGGUACCAGUUUCGAGUUAGCGCGGUCAACAGUCAGGGCACGAGAGGCUUCGCCACUCCCAGCAAGCACUUCUUCUCUACACGAGAUCCAUUUCCCCCAGAGAACCCACAGAAUGCCAGAACAGGCAACCAGACAGUGAAUACUGAUGGCACUGUCAACGUUAUGGUUCUGUGGGAUGCCCCCAGAGAGAGUGACCUGGUGGUCCACCAUUACAAGGUCACCUGCAGCACGCAAGGAACCCCCUCAAGCAGUCAAAGUCGAGCUGGAAGUGUCACAGACGGGGAUGUAACAGAGAUGGAAUUUCAGUCUCUAGAGCCCAACACACAGUACCGAGUACAGAUUCAGGCCAUCUCUUACUGGGGUCAGAAGCGACUGAAGAGCAGCCGAGCUCAGCUCUCUUUCACCACUGCUGCUGUCACCAAAUCCUCAUCUGGUCACAUUUCUGGCGAAUUCUCCAAUGAACUACCCAUAUCCCAUUCUUCAGCCAGUAUCCUGAGACUAGAAGCGGCCGCCCCUCAUUACCAUGACAACCAGCUGCAGGUCAAGGUCUUCUGGAAGAGCCGAACCCAAGAAAGCCAAAAGGAUCCCAGUUCAUACCUUCUGAGAUGGUAUCCAGAAGUUUGUGCAAAUAAUGUGUCGAAAACAGCUACAGUACAGGGAACACAUUUUGUGAUUACUGACCUGUUUUUUGCCUGUAAGUACCGAGUGUCCGUGAAGCCCCUGACAGAACAAGGACAGAGGUCAGAAGUUAUGACCUCUGUUACCACCCCACCUUGCUCUUCGCUAACGAGCAGACGAAAGAAAGCAUCUGCCUGUGUCAGAGAUGAGCACCAUCCUCAGCUGAAGAAAGCACUGCAGCGGCCAGAGAAACUGGCAGCAUUGUUUCAUGUGUUGAACAGCUCCGUGCAGGCGGUGUUUAGCUGGCAGCUGUCUCCUGAGGGUCCAGGACAGAUGCCCAUCACAGGCUUCCGCUUCUCCUGCGCCAAAGUGCCCAACAGCAACGGCACAGCACUCCUCUCCCAGACACACAUCCUGCCACCUGAUCAGCAGUCACUUAUCAUAGACGCUCUCCAGCCAGAGAGUGUGUAUAAAGUUCAGGUUCAGAUUGUGUCUGAUGCAGGGAAUGGACCGUCAGUGGCCAAAACUCUCCACACUCCUCAUCUGAAUGCUACGCUCCUCUGAGACAAAGGAAAGAUGUGAAUAAUUAAGCUGCUAUACUCCCCAAUAUCAUCAACUUGAGAAUCGUCAUGGUGUUUUCCGUUGUCAUGGAGAUUAGGUCAUGAAAUACGACCACUUCCACUACACCAGUGCAUUCAUUGCAGGGACAUUUUAGAAGACCACUGUGGGGAUGUGAAGGGUUUAGAUCAAUGUACUUUGAAAACGACAUGUGCUGUAUAACAUGUGAAUGUUGAAUUACUGAACUCAGUUCUUUCAACAUGUAUAGGACUGAUGUAUUUUGUGUUUAGCUGCAUAUCUUUAUGUCUCUAGUCAUUAUAUUGAUAUUUUUUCAUUAAGAAGUUUAAGAAAUGUGGCACACUUUGAGAGUGUGGAUUAUAUAUACACCGUGAGUGUUAAUUUGACCCUUUUUAACACUGGCGAUUUUACUGUGUGCUUAUACUCAAUGGAGCAAGGUUAUAUGCAAUGGUUUUAUUCUUUCAGGUCACGAGUAAUGAAUGAGACCAAGUGUUUGUAACGGUUUUGUUUAAGAUCAAUGUGAUAUAAUACAGAGUACCUGUUCAUCUACAGUAUUGUCACCAGCCUUGUUUGGAUUGAAUGCCAAAUUGCAACAUUUUUAUAUUGUGAAUGCAUGGCAUUACUCUGUUAUUGUACACUAAAAUAUGCUGGUUUUCUAAAAUAUGGUUAUUUUUAACCCAUGGUUAAGGUCAAUUAACCCAGAAAAUGUUCAUAUUUGACCCAACCGUUGGUUGAAACUAUCCAGCAUAGGUUAAUUUAUAACCCAACGGUUGAUUUUAUCCUUUUUAACCAAUAAUGGGUUAAAAAUAACACAGCAAUGUUUAGAGUGUAAACUCUUUAUGACCCAUAUAGUGACAUACAAUGUGCCUUAUACUGUAUCAGUUAUAUCAGGCUAAACCAGACAUAUCACAAAGCCUUUUAAAAUCUGCUUUAGACUUACCGUCAAGUAAAUUGAAUAAGUGCUGGAGAUGCAUUUAUUAUGCAAAUGUUUUCAGACUUAAUAUGCUUUUGAAAGACUUAUCUUUGUACAAUACAACAUACUUUUUUGUAAAUAUUGAAUUAAUUGUUUUGUCUGUUGUUACUAAUAAACAGUGUUGGGUGUAACUA